AUGGUGGCGUCUUAUCAGGGUUUGACUGUAUAUGUAAAUGGUGUAAACAUUGAUUGUGGCGUCGACAUUCGAGAAGCCAAAUUGCCACUCAAGAUUGUGUCAUUGACUGUCUGGAUGGUAUCUACGUUGAUCGUGGCGCCCAUUUUCCUCUUCUCCAACGUGAUGCCGGACACAGAGACCGGACAGCCCAUGUGCAACGUGUUCUGGCCCGAAUCGAGGCUGUUCCUCAAUGGAGAAGCCGCCUUCAUCACGUACAGCUUCACCCUGGGCUUCGCUGUUCCACUGGCACUCAUACUUUGCUUCUAUGUCCUGGUUGUGGUGAAGCUCAGGACUGUUGGCCCGCGACGGAAAUCCGCCCAACGACGUCGAGAUCACCAAAAGGUGACCCGCCUGGUUCUCACUGUGGUGGCCGUUUAUGUCUGCUGUUGGCUCCCUUAUUGGCUGACUCAGUUGGCGUUGCUCAACGCUGACUCCGCCCACACGCCAUUGGUGGCUACAGUGUACACGUUCGCGGCAGCUUUGGCGUAUUCGAAUUCAGCCAUGAAUCCAAUUCUGUAUGCUUUCUUGUCCGACAACUUCAAGAAGAGCUUUACAAAAGCGUGCAGAUGUCGCGGAUGGCUUCGUGGCGGCCCGGGCUCGGACCGCGGCAACGCCAACGAAGGCGACGAACAAGGCGGCGGUGGCGCCGUUUUCCCGGCCAGAACCCGCGACACGAGCUUCGCCGUGUCGCGACGUGCCACC